AUGGCAAAAACCAAAGCCAAAAUCCAUCAUCCUCAACGAAACAAUCCGGUGGAUAUUGGCGACGGUUCACCAGUUAUUAGAUCUAGUGCCCGACUCCGUAAAAUCCUCCCAAAAAAACAACCGAAAUUCGUUCAAAAAAAAUUAAUUUUCGAUAAAAUCUCUAACCCUAAGCCCAGUCGCCGCAGGAUUUCCGACAAGGCAAAAAUGAGAAAACAUACUUCGUCUCCCGGUUCAGAUGACUUCCAGUCUGACACAAACAAACCGAAAAAGUCUCGGCAAACACGUAAAGUGGAGAAGCCAACCCGAGUUUCAAGCGAAGAAGACCCUGAGUUCGAGUGUGAAUGGCAAUUGCUCAUCCCGCACCCCAGGGACAUAAAUGUCAAGGUCCAAAACAGCAACGAUAACAGCAAAGAUCGAUCCACGAUCAACCAUAUCAAGAGGACUCUUACUACCGAUCAAUUGGAAGCAUUCAGAAGAUCACCAUUUGGGAAGUUCCUUGAUCUCCCUCAUUGCAUAGUACAGAACCAACUCAUCAACCUUAUACACUUACGCGAGGUUCAUCAGAAUAGGAGCGAUGAGGUUUGGUUCGAUUUUGGAGGCAAGUUACUUCGUUUCGGUAUAGAGGAAUUUGCUGUUAUAACCGGAUUGAAAUGUGUUGGAAAAAGCAAAAAGCUGAACAUUCUAAAGAUCUCCGGUGGGCUACACGACAAGUUUUUUGAUGGUGUAGAACUGAGACGUAACCACAUCAGGUGGCAAUUUCUUAAGAAAGCAUGGUCCAAUGAUGAGAAUGCGGUCAAAUUUGCGAAGUUACACUUACUGGCAAAUUUCUUGAUGGGCUCACAAGAAGCCCUUUGCAUUGAUCGCUGCUACAUUGACUUGAUUGACAGUCCAGAGUGUGAUGACCACGCUUGGGGAAAAGAAGUUUUUGAUUUCACUCUUUACUAUAUGAAGAAGUCAAUUCAUACAAGAGAGCAAAUGCACAUUUAUGAGAAGCCCGAGGGUGCUGGAUAUCUAUACAGGUGUUAUGGCCUUAUCUUGGCUCUCCAGACGUGGUUCUACGAGGUUUGCGACACCGCUGAAGGUGUAAUAUGCACCUCUGUUGGUGACCAUGAUAUACCGAGGAUAUUGAAAUGGGAAGUUCGUGACAGUUACAGCCGCCUUUUUCUGCAGAGGACCUUCUUAAAUCUACCCCACACCAAGACGAGUGUCAAGUCUCCCGUCAUAGCCUUCAGAACAAAAUCUGAAGCACUUAUGAAGAGCAAAGCAGACAAAGUGAAGUUCCCCAAUAAAGCAGCGCACGAUCCACUUGAGGUUGUUAUGGUGGAUAAUGUUCCCCAGCAGCUAAAUAGCGACUGCGGGAUAUAUGUUGCCUCAUUUGCCGAGUAUUUCAUUGCCGGUCAUGAUAUUAUCAAAUCGAACAUUGAUGCUACUGUCCAGAGGCAUAAAUAUGGUUAUCUUCUAUACACUCAUGGUCUAAUGAAACAGACUAAUGGGUUUGAGAGUGAAGAUGAAUCACCCGGUACCUUGCCUAAUGAAGUUCGUUUUGGCUUUCUGAAUGUUCCGCAUAAAUAG